UCUAGACGGCACGAGUGGUCCAUGGCCGGGACCAAUUAAGAAUGCACACCCAUACCCCCACUGCUGAACAAAACAGAAAUGUCCCCCAUUGCCCUCUCCUCGCCAUUUCUCAUUCUCAAUAAUUUACAGUAAAACACAGAGGCCACUCAAAGCAACAGUAACCCCCAAGCCACAAUCACAGCCACACCCCUCAACCUCAACCACCCACUCCCCGUCUCGUCUCCAUCUAUAUAUCUCACCCUCUCCUCCCCUCAUGUCUUCACGCAUCCACUCAGUUCAAUCAACCCAUUGCUCACUCUCCUCUGCUCUUCUUCUUCCGUCGAUCCUUCUGCUAUUUCCGCCAUUUCUCCGUCGAUAACCCACCUGGGCUCAGCAAUUCUCAGCCGAAAAGAACCGGGAAAGAGGUGCUCUUGUGGGAUACUUCUUCCUUUUUUGUUCUGUUGGGGGGUUUGAGAGAAGGUGGAGGCUUGUGCGGAUAGGGGGUAAAACCCGGGUUUGACGAGUUGCAGACAUCACGGCUAUACACGGAGUUUCGCGGCCUCUCAUUCAUGUCCGAGCUGUACGACGCAAGGGGUCUGUGAUUGAGAGCAACCCUUCGCCGCACGGCGGGCGUGGCGCUCUGCCUUCCGAAGGCGGCAGCCCGUCCGAUCUACUCUUCCUUGCCGGCGGCGGUUCCUCCUUCUAGUUUAGGCCUAUAUACUUAUUUAAUCGUCGAUAGAUAGGGUUGUAUUACGAAAUUGUUUUUGUUAGAUCUCUCGCUCGAGUGUUUUCUCUUCUGGACUGCUUGUCGUUUUUGUGUUUCUGAGGCUAAGAUGUUGAGGAUCAAAAGGGUGCCCACUGUUGUUUCCAAUUUUCAAAAAGAGGAGGUUGAGCAAUCUGCCCAGAAAGGAGAGGGCUGCGGUCGCAACUGCCUGAACAAAUGUUGCAUCCGAGGGGCAAAGCUCCCUCUGUACGCUUUCAAGAGGGUGAACAAGAUUGCGACUGAGAAGGAUUUGUUGCGCGACGGCAAUGGCCGAGAACCUCCCGUCGCCUUUCUCGAAUCGCUCGUUCUCGGGGAGUGGGAAGAUCGCAUGCAGAGAGGGCUGUUCCGCUACGAUGUCACUGCCUGUGAAACCAAGGUGAUUCCCGGCCAGUAUGGCUUCAUUGCACAGCUGAAUGAGGGCCGACACCUUAAGAAGAGGCCAACUGAAUUCCGAGUCGAUAAAGUCCUCCAGCCCUUCGACGGGAACAAGUUCAACUUCACCAAAGUUGGGCAGGAAGAGGUGCUUUUCCAGUUUGAAGCAAGCGAAGAUGAUGUGCAGUUCUUCCCGAGCGCUGCCGUUGACCCUGCAAAUUCUCCUAGUGUUGUUGCCAUUAACGUGAGUCCCAUCGAGUAUGGACAUGUGCUUUUGAUCCCUCGGGUUCUGGAGUGCUUGCCGCAGAGGAUUGACCGUGAAAGCUUCCUGCUGGCCCUUAACAUGGCAGCAGAAGCAGGGAAUCCUUACUUCCGCUUGGGUUACAAUAGCUUGGGCGCAUUUGCCACCAUCAACCACCUUCACUUCCAGGCUUACUACUUGGCUGUUCCCUUCCCCAUUGAGAAGGCUUCCACUGGGAAGAUCACUUCUUUAGAUGGUGGGGUGAAGAUUUCCGAGCUGUUGAAUUAUCCGGUCAGAGGCCUCGUCUUCGAAGGUGGAAAUACUCUCCAGGCUUUGUCUAAUGCAGUAUCUGACUCCUGUAUCUGCCUUCAAGACAACAACAUACCUUACAAUGUUCUCAUCUCUGACUCUGGAAAGCGGAUCUUUGUUUUCCCACAGUGCUAUGCUGAGAAACAAGCGCUUGGUGAAGUGAGUGCGGAGCUUCUGGACACCCAGGUGAAUCCAGCAGUCUGGGAAAUUAGUGGGCAUAUGGUGCUGAAAAGGAAGGAGGACUACGAAGACGCUGCUGAGGAAAAUGCUUGGAGGCUGCUUGCUGAGGUCUCCCUCUCUGAAGAGAGGUUCCAAGAAGUGAAAGCCCUCAUCUUUGAAACCAUUGCUUGUGGUGAUGAUCCAGAUGGAGGUGUGACCCUUGAGGAUCCAGAUGUCAUGCCUCAAACUCUCGAUGUUGAUGCCUUUACUGGAGGCUCCGGCCAUGGCAUGGUAGCCGGAAAGCAAGAAUGCCUAGUUCUACAGUGAGAAGUUGGGUCUGAAGAACAUAUUGUUGCUGCUGCUCGCUAAUAUGGUUGUGUAAUAUGGGAGUCUGUGUGUGUACUUCUGUAGGCAGUCCUAAAUAAGCAAACCUUUUUUUGCAUUGUUGAUUUGUUGUGUUGAAGUUGUGCUUGUUAUUGGCUUUGGGUCAAGUUUCUGUUGCCUGUCCUGUGGUUAUGGGCUUGUGAAUGUGUGUAAGAUACUAUGAGCGUUUGCUCAGGUGUGCUAAUAAAUAUCUGUUUGUUUAAA